AGAGAGAGAGAGAGAGAGAGAGAGAGAGAGGAGAGAGAGAGAGAGGAAGAAAGAAAGAGAGAGAGAAGAGAGAGAGAGAGAGAGAGCGCGCAGCGCCCGAGAGAGAGAAGAGAGAGAGAGAGAGAGAGAGAG